UUCAUUUGUGUUAAAUAGAUAUAAACUAGUAAUCCAGCAGUAGUUUGGGGCUCUGUGGUCCAGUGUCUCUGCUUUGGGGCGGCUCCGCUGGUUCAGGAGAAGGAGGUGAAGGAGGGGAAGGACGACACGAAGGAGGCAGGCAGUCACUCAGUCACUCAGACCGGACUAUCAGCGGCACAUUUCCAGAGUGUACGCUGGGAAAACUGCUUCCAAACCGGGGGAAAUUCUGCCUGAAGGACCCGCAAUGAGUUGGGGAACGGAGCUUUGGGACCAGUUUGAUAAUCUGGACAAACACACUCAGUGGGGGAUCGACUUUCUGGAGCGCUAUGCAAAAUUUGUCAAAGAGAGGCUGGAGGUUGAGCAGAACUAUGCCAAGCAGCUCCGGAACUUAGUAAAGAAAUACUGUCCAAAGCGCUCCAAAGACGACGAGCCAAGGUUCACAUCCUGUUUGUCGUUUUACUCCAUUCUGAACGAGCUGAAUGAUUAUGCUGGGCAGAGGGAGCUGGUGGCUGAGGAGAUGGCUCACAAGGUUUACAAUGAGCUGAUGAGGUACAGCCAAGAUCUCAAAGCUGAGAGGAAACACCAUCUACAGGAGGGCAGAAAGGCUCAGCAGUACUUGGAUCAGUGCUGGAAACAGAUGGACAAUAGUAAAAGGAAGUUCGAGAGGGAGUGUAGAGAAGCAGAGAAGUCCCAGAUAAACUUUGAGCGCUUAGACAACGACAUCAACGCCACCAAAUCAGAGGUGGAAAAGGCUAAAAACCAGUUCUACAUGCGUACUCACAUGGCCGACGAGAGCAAGAACGAAUACGCUGCUCAGCUUCAAAACUUUAACGGCGAACAGUGGAAACAUUUCAACAACGCAAUACCACACAUCUUCAAGAACCUGCAGCACAUGGAUGAACGUCGAACUGUGAAGCUCGGAGAGACGUAUCGAAGCUUUGCAGAGGCAGAGCGGAGGGUCAUCCCCAUCGUCUCCAAAUGUUUAGAUGGAAUGGUAGCUGCAGCCAAAGCUGUAGACGAAAGAAAGGAUUCAAUCUUAGUCGUGGAGUCAUUCAAGUCUGGCUUUGAUCCCCCAGGCGACUUCCCCUUCGAAGACUUCAGUCAGAAUUUGAGCAGAACAGGAUCAGACGGGACUAUAAGUAACACGCCCAAAGGAGAAAGGGAAAGAGAUGGGGGCCAGGGGCCACGUUCUGACCCAAAACCCCCCUUGGGUAAAGCCAAGAACAAGCUGUGGUUGUUUGGAAAGAAACCAAAGGCGCCGUCUCUGGAGGAUUAUAGCCACUUACCUCCUGAGCAGAGACGAAAAAGGCUGCAGCAGAGGAUUGAGGAGCUCAGCAGGGAGCUCCAGAAACAGGUGGAUCAGAGAGAUGCUUUGAACAAGAUGAAGGAUGUGUAUGAAAAGAAUCCUCAGAUGGGAGACCCCAACAGCCUGCAGCCGAAAAUAUCAGAGACCAUUUGCAACAUGGAGAAGCUGCGCUCAGAGAUCCAUAAGAAUGAGACCUGGUUGUCUGAGGUGGAGGGGAAGCAGAGCUCCAGAGGAGACAGAAGACCCAGCACAGACAAUCACCAGCACACCCCCCAAGGCAGAGAGAGUCCUGAGGGAAGCUACACAGACGACACAAGUCAAGAGCAUCACACGCCUCACCGCCGGCCCGGUCCCACACGGCCCACCAAUCCAAACCCUGACCCUCACGAGUUUGAUGAUGAGUUUGAUGAUGACGACCCUCUGCCUGUCAUCGGCCACUGCAAGGCCCUGUACUCCUUUGAUGGUAAGAAUGAAGGAACGCUGGUGAUGGCAGAGGACGAGGUGUUGUACAUCAUAGAGGAGGACAAAGGCGACGGCUGGACCCGAGCGAGGAAGCAGAGCGGAGAGGAAGGCUACGUCCCCACCUCCUAUGUGGACAUAACCAUGGAGAAAAGCAGCAAAGGUUCCUGAGGGCUGCAGAGUGGCCAGGCGAUUUGAUUGGCUGGUGGAGGGCUCACGCUGAUUGCUGAUUUUUGGUGGUGGGGCUGACUGUGCAUUAGAGAAAGGGGGAGAAGAGGGAGGGGGGGCAUCUGCAUGUUUGCAUGCUCAUAUCCAUUAUCAGGGUAGAAGCAGGUAGAAGACAUAAUCCCAAAGUCGAAAACAGCGCAAUAAUGUCUUUUACAUCCAUAAAUAUUUGCACUUGAAAGGUUUUUUUUUUGCAGCAUUCUGACUGGGAGGUGACAUCUGCUGCAGAUUUUUAUAGUUGAACGGGAUGCAUCUCCCAAAUCUUGCAGAAAUCACUUCAAUUAGCUCAGGUAGGUCAGGAUUCGGCAAGUCAAUCCAGUUUUUAAGUAAAAUAAGAUGUGGAGAGAAUUUAGAAAGAUCUGCAGUUCAUAAACUCCAUAAAUCUGAUCAACAUAAUGAGGUUAAAAGGUCUUCAGUUUUGACUGGUGCUGCUUGUAAUCAUUAAGAUUUGAAUUGCCUGUGGGCAAAGCAUUACUGCAGUUUUAUCCUGAUUAUUGCGUCCUGGAUUUUAUUAACUGUUGCUAAUCUUUGCCAUUGUUGAAACCUUUUAGCUUUAGGCUAAAUCACAGUUGGAGGCUCAUAAUUUGUGCAGAGGUGAGAGGAUGAAUGAAUAUUCAUUUAAUCUUUAUGAAGAGGAUUUGCUCUUCUUGAGCUUCUGAUUCCACAUCUCUGUAAUUAAAAUAAAUCCCGUAAGACUACCAGCAAAGCCUCUCCUGCAGAUUUUAAUGCCUUCGUGUUCUUUUUAAGUACCUAGCUUCAAGUUGUCACCUCCCAGUCUUUAAUUCGGCUGUGUUUGCUCUCUUAUAAGCGUCAGCAGAAACACAGAUGUACAGUCAGGGAGUUGUGCGCUUUUGUUUUUUUAGUCACUAACAUUGUCAGUGCUGCUCGCUUCAGCUCACUCCUCUCAUCUGUGCUCUGUUGGUGAUGUCUGCCUGCCUGAGCCACUCUGCUCCUCAUGCCUGCCCCCAACCUUCAUCCAGCCGCAUGUUUAUAACAUCCUCCCAUUAGGAUUCAGUCGCGCUUGUGAAGCCGUGAUUUGUUUAACUCCAUUUUUGUCAUUUUUUUCCUCCCUCUCACCAAGCAUGAUUUAUUUUUAAGUAACAAGUGUCAGAAUGGAUGAAACAGAAAGCAGGACUUUCAGAUGAAUAGAGGACCCUUUUUUCCCCUCGUCUUCCUCUCUUUUGUUUUUUCUCUUGGGAUACAUUACCACCAGUUGAACAGCAGAGGGCGGUCUUCACCAAAGCCCUGCUCAGUGGGGAGCUCCAGACUUUGCCUUAAACCACUGUAACCGUGGAGACUUUUUGAAGAAAAGACUACAUCUCCCAUCAUCCACCAGGGCUCUCACCACCCCCUCAGCUGCAGUUCCACUAACUCUCUUUUUUAUUCUGUUUGUGAAUGUGAUGACGGACACAAAUGAAAUGUAAAUAUGAACAUCUGUCGUGUCUUGCUGAAUGUGUUUCUAUGGUGAUUGUCUUUAGGUUUGUUUGAACUGAACCGAUGCACUUUGUCCUGAUGUACUACAGCAUUUGAACAUGAUUAAAGAGUGAACGGAUGAGUCUGCACUGACUGUAGAGAAGUUCUCCUUUUUUAGUAACCACUAAGCAAAAGAAAAGAUGGUUUUAUACUUUUUUUUGUAACUUUCCCUUCUUUUUUAUAGAUUCUCUAAACUGUAAUGUUUCUCUUAAUCGUUUUUUAACUACUAAUUAUUUGAUAAAGUACACAUUAAGACUGCUUUAGAUCAAGAGUAAAGCAGAAGAUUCCUGAAAGCCAGAAGGUGGCUGAGCUUUAAUUAAAAAUAGAAAAAAGCUGUGAAAUGUGCAGAACAAUGCUGUAGAUUUUACUUGAAUCUGUCUUUCCUCCUCGUGUCACUGUUUCCAUCUGUGACCGUUUAGCAAUCAAUACUGGAGGAAUGGUUGAACAUUGAAAUAAUCCACCUUUCAGGUCUUUUUGCUUUGAAAUCAAUCUGCUUCCCUGUUGCCUUUUUGUUAAAAUAAAUGAAAGCAGAUAGUAAAUGGCCUUUUAACCCCUGCUUUUUCAGUCUCUGGGAUCCAAAUUGGUGCAAAAAUCGAAACAUUUUCUAAUACCUAACCAUUUGUUAUUCAUUAAAAUUAGAUUUCUAGUGUCAUAUUUUAGAAAUAUAGCUUAAGUCGUAUUGCAGUCUUUUUUAUGCAGUCAAAAAAGCAUAACGUUGAAUAGUUAAUGCAAUAUUUCUUGUAAACAGUUUCUUUUCAGCUGCUCUGUUUACAGAAAAGGUCAUCCAAACUGAAGUGAUGUGAAUAGAAAUCAAGUGCGCUCAAAGGAUUCAGUCUAGAAGGUGAUGAGCUUUUGUCAUUUGGCAUUGAUGGUGGCCUCCUGGAAGGGUCAGUUUUGGGCGUACUGUCUCCUAAGUGAAAGCUGCUCGUUGGAAUGUGUUUCAUUUGUGGUGCAACAGUUGUAAAAAAACGAUCUAAACCUUUUCUAUAAACCAGUGGUAUGUAGCAUACAUGUGUAUGUCCCGACCAGCUCAGUAAAUGUACAAAAAUGCAAAAUCAUAAAUCAACCUGUGUACUGAAAGCCACUGUGAGCCGAGGCGUUUUCCCUGCCAACUCUUCCAUGAAAUCUCCAUUUGAAACAUUCAUUUAUUUUAGUUUCCGAAUGAGCAGGAUGUCUAAUAUAGAUCUGAUGGCAGUUCUCUCCAUGUUGUCGUGCACAUCUUUUUUGCUUUGAAUGUUGGACACUUUGUGGAUUUUUAUUUUUUCCUUGCAAAAUAUUGUUCUAAUAAAAUAAGAAGCAAUAAAAAA